CAAUAAAAAUUCCAUUUUUCUUCCUCUGACCAGUGCCCUUUUUAUAUAUGCAUAAAAAAAAUCUGACAACAAACCAACCACUGCUUUAACCAGUUUGAUUCUAAACUACUGUGUUCUUUCUCUUCUUCUCUCGUUUUCUUCUGUUGAACUUCCUUGUUCAUGGCAUCAACAUCCACACCAAGGUCAUCUUCAGAACUAACUAUCACAGUUGAACACAAUCCUUCCAAAUCACGAUUAGCCGAGCUGGGUAUAAAUUCGUGGCCCAAAUGGGGUUGUCCUCCUGGGAAGUAUAUGCUGAAAUUCGACGCUCAAGAGACGUGUUAUUUUCUGAGAGGGAAAGUGAAGGUUUAUCCAAAAGGUUCGUCUGAGUCAGUAAAAUUUGGUGUGGGGGACCUUGUCACCAUACCCAAGGGACUUAGUUGCACAUGGGAGGUAUCAGUUGCAGUGGACAAACAUUACAAGUUCGAGUCUUCUUCCACUUCCUCAAAAUGUAUCACUGAUAUCUGAAUGUUAUUUUAUCGUUCAUCGUGCUUAAUAUAUUCACUAGGAAAAGAAUUUUUAAUAAAGGGUAUAUAUAUAGGUAUUACUCACUACUGGUUCGGGGGUAGAACUUGAAACGAAUAUAUAUUAGGGUUAUAUUAUAACUUUAUAACUUAUAAUAUAAGUGUUUGUUUCUAAUUCAAUGUUUGAAGUUGUCUUUGCUUCUGUAUAUAUAUAUGAUUGAAAAAUGUAUAGGUUGUUGUCUAGGAAAGAAAGAAGGAGCAUGCAUUUGCAGCAUCUCGUGUUUCAUGAUGCAUGCACUUUGUUUCUGUGUUGUUGCGGAUGAUAAUUUUGACCGGUCAGCUUUAAUUUUUUGGCCAUUUACUAUUCAUGUGUUGUUUACAUCGUGUGUAAUAGAAGCAUGUUUUGUCUUCUCUUUAUAUGAA